AUGAUCUUCCUAUCCUCAUUCCUGAUUUCUACUGCUUCUGCUCAAAUGGAUCUUUGCGAACCUGCAGUUGAUCCAAGUCCAUCAUGCCUCUGUACUCGUCUCGACUUCAUGGACACCUUCUCAUUCCGUCUGCGAUUCGGAAAUUCCACCUUCGCUGGUUCCAGUUAUGAAGUCACUGCUCCAACCUACAAAUCCGACUAUGAUUGCUUAUCCGAGCAGCCGCUACAGUGCUCAGGAGAUGGUAAAACUUCCGCAUUUGCUGUCUUCAAUAUGAAAUACAUUUUGGAACUUCCAAAUAGAAUUCCAUCAGUUUUUUGUUAUCCAAGGACCCGAAUGUUUGAUAUGCAAAGCGAGCUAAUCAAGCAAUACCAAGCCAGCGGGGAUUUGCCAACGGAAGAGUUGGAUUUGCAUUUGACAGAAGUCGGGUGUAUCGAGUACGGUGGGUCUGGAGGAUCCACUAAACAACCAUUGACAGUUCCGACUUCUACAAGUUCUCCAAAAACUACAUUCCUUCCAGACGACUGUCCCUGCUCGCGACCACCUCCAGUCAUGACCCAGUCGAUUUUCAACAUGCAAUAUGCAUUCAACCUCCCAGAAAGCAAAUUUACCUUUGGAACUCCUAAGUUCUUCUACACCGUCGGAUGUCAGCAUGUCUCAAUGACCUGUCCGUCUUCUCAGAAAGCCAUCAUGUUCUUCAAUGAUCAAUAUAUUCUCAACGGAAACGACGUCCUCGACGUGGCAUCCAAGUACAACCUACACUGUGAUUCUGGAGCAUCCAAGUGGAAGUUCGAUGCUCCGUCCGAACAAAAGUUCAUGUCGCUUCUUGGAAUCUCUUCCAUCGAGCUCACCCAUUUGGGAUGUGCCAGUAUUGCUCCACGAGCUUGA